AUGUUGUACCGGUGGGAUGCCUGGUUUUUAUGCUUUGUUGAUAUCAUCACGUCAGUGCUUUGUGCGGCGCUAAUAUUUUCGGCUGUCGGCUUUCUCUGCUAUGAAUUGGAGCUUCCGCUCGAGAAAUUCAACUUCAAAGGUGGUGUGCAGCUUGUAUUCAUUUAUUUGCCGGAAGCAAUUGCGAAAUUGCCAGUUGCACCAAUCUAUUCCAUUUUGUAUUUUGUAAUGGUCAUAUCAAUCAUCCUUACAACUACG